AUGGUAGACAAAUCCCAGCAAACUGAUGUAAUAGAGAAAAAGAAACACAUGGCCAUACCAAAAUCAUCUAGCCCCAAAGCUACCCAUCAUAUUGGUAAUACUUCUGGAAGCAAAGGCAACUACUCUGCCAAAGCCUAUGAGUCUAUUAGAGUAUCUUCUGAACUUCAACAAACUUGGACAAAGAGAAAGCGUGGACAGGAAAUGACUAGUAAGUCUCUCCAGACAGACACCAUUGUAGAAGAGAAAAAAGAAGUCAAGUUAGUUGAGAAAACCGUGGUACCUGAAGAAAAGUCAGCUGACGUUAGAGAAGCAGCUAUUGAAUUGCCAGAGAGUGUUCAGGAAGUAGAAAUUCCACCAUGCAUACCUUUAGUUCAACUAAAAAUGGACAGAUCUCAGCAGACCAGCCGUACAGAAUACUGGACCAUGAUGCACAUCCCCCAUGUGGAAAAAGUGGACAAGGAACAACAGACAUACUUUAGUGAAUCAGAAAUAGUGGCUAUUUCCAGGCCAGAUAGUUCUUUUAUGAAGUCAAAGGAAGGUGCCCGGAAACGUAAAUCCUCAGGAAAGAUUUCUGCUAGUGAACACCCUGAAUUUCAACCAGCAACAAGCAGCAAUGAAGAAAUUAAGCAGAAAAGUAUCAGCAGAACUUCAUUUACUCAGGAGACUAAAAAUGGUCCUCCGAUACUUUUAGAAGAUGGGCUUAGGGAAGAAGUAACUACACCUGUUAUACAAGAAGGUUUUGCUGUUAAAAAAGUGGCUUCUGCUGAAAUAGAGCCUCCACCAACAGAAAAAUUCCCAGCUGAAAUACAGCCUCCAUUAGUUGAAGAGGCCACUGCUAAGGCAGAGCCCAGACCCGAUGAAGAGACCCAUGUCCAAGUACAGCCAUCAACUGAAGAGACUCCUGCUGCUGAGGCAGCCACUGCAGUUGCAGAGAAUUCUGUUAAAGUUCAGCCUCCACCUGCUGAAGAGGCCCCAUUAGUGGAGUUUCCUGCUGAAAUUCUGCCUCCAUCAGCAGAAGAGUCCCCUUCAGAAGAGCCUCCUACUGAAAUUCUGCCUCCAUCAGCUGAAAAGUCUCCUUCAGUAGAGCUUCCUGGUGAAAUUCAGUCUCCCUCAGCUGAAAAGGCUCCCAUUGAAGUACAGCCUUUACCAGCUGAGGGCACCCUUGAAGAGGCCCCAGCUAAAGCAGAGCCUGCCACUGUUGAAGAGACCCUUGCUGAAGUUCAACCUCUAUUACCUGAAGAGGCUCCCAGAGAAGAGGCUGGAGAACUUCAGCUUUCAACAGCUAUGGAGACCCCUGCAGAAGAGGCUUCUGCUGAAAUUCAGCUUCUAGCAGCUACAUUGGCUCCUGCAUAUGAAAUUCCUGCUGAAACUCGAUCUCCACUAUCUGAGGAGACUUCUGCAGAAGAGGCGCCUACUGAAGUUCAAUUUCCAUCAGCUAAGGGAGUUUCUAUAGAAGAGGCCCCUCUUGAGCUUCAGCCUCCAUCAGGUGAAGAGACCCCUGCAGAAGAGGCCUCUGCUGAAAUUCAGCUUCUAGCAGCUACAGAGGCUUCUGCAGAAGAGGCUCCUGCUGAAGUUCGGCCUCCACCAGCCGAGGAGUCUCCUGCUGAAGUUCAGCCUCCACCAGCUGACGAGGCCCCUGCUGAAGUUCAGCCUCCACCAGCCGAGGAGGCCCCUGCUGAAGUUCAGCCUCCACCAGCCGAGACCGAGGAGGCCCCUGCUGAAGUUCAGUCUCCACAAGCUGAGGAGGCCCCUGCUGAAGUUCAGCCUCCACCAGUUGAGGAGGCCACUGCUGAUGUUCAGUCUCUACCAGCUGAGGAGACUCCUAUAGAAGAGACCCUUGUUGCAGUACACUCUCCCCCAGCUUAUGAGGUCCCUGCGGAAGAGGCCCCUGUUGACAAACAUUCCCCACCAGCUGAUUUGCUUCUGACUGACGAGUUUGCUAUACAAGAGGCCUCUGCUGAAGUUGCACCUCCACCAUCUGAACAAACCCCUGAAGAUGAGGCUCUGGUAGAGCAUGUGUCUACUGAAUUUCAGUCACCGCAGGUGGCAGGAAUUCCAGCAAUAAAAUUAGGAUCGGUUGUUUUGGAAGGUGAAGCAAAAUUUGAAGACGUUUCAAAAAAAUUUCUGUCUAAUACCAAUGAUGGAUCUAAAGAUUUGUCUAAUACUAAUGAUGGACAGACUCCCACUCUUGAAAUAGAAGGUGUGUUUCAUAUACAAUUAAAAAAUCGUCCUCCUGAACUGUAGUCAGGUCGUACCUAAGCUAGCAAUCAGAAGCUACGUGGUUUUGGAAGAACAUACGUUAGAAAAGAGUGGGCAGCUGGAAGUAGCUUUGUCAAUAAGGCAAAUUAAAGUGAACCCCAAGAGUUGGAGUACAGGUUGGAAAAUGAACAAUAAAAACUGUAGCAAUAAAAAAUUAC